GUCUUUGUGUUAGGGAUAACAACUGUUCCUUCACAUAUUUAGGUUUACGCAUGAUUAAUUAAUUUAAGAUAUUAUGUUGAUAAAUUGAAAUAGUUAUUUAUAAACAUCGAGCUUUAAAUAUUUUAAUCAAUACAAGAACGAUUACUCUAGAAGAAAAACUUUACAGAAUAUGAUGCAACUUGUAGAAAUGAUAUAAACUUUGACAGAAUGAUUAGUGUACAGGUUGUGCAAUAUUUGUGAACAGUAUGAUAUAUAUAUAAUGAGUUACAACUAGAUAUUGUAAAUAUUUUGUAGGAUCUUCUGUAGUUAUUCAGGUUCAACAUGGAAACUAGCACUGUGUGCACUGAGCACCUCAAGUUAUGCAAGUUUUAUUGCCCAAGACACACAGAUAUUCUAUGUUCGCAGUGUACAGUAAAAUACCUUCACCGAUCAUGUCAUUUGUCUGAUAUAGAUGAGCUCUUGUCGAAUUCUUACUACGGUCCACUUGUCAAACACGCGCAUGAAUCGGUCACUGAAAGCCUAGAGAUUAUCCAACAAAAAGUUCAUGACUUGAAGCAAAAUCACAAUACCGAAAGUGUCAAUUCGGUAACCAAUCAAGAUGCCGGAAAGGUCAAUUCGGAAGCUAAUGACAAUACUCACAAUACAGGAAGUGACAAUUCGGAAACCAGAUCUUUCAUGGUGGAAUGUAGUAAACAAUACGAUUCGGUCACAAUUUCAAUAAUCACAAGAAUGAACGAGUUAAAAGGCAGUGAUAUGACAAAAGAACAGUUCUGUUUUGUUGUAUCAACGUACCGAUUUCUUUUCACUUUAGGGAAUAUUUUACAAAAUGUAAAAAAGUAUUUUCAUACGAAUGAAUGUUGCAUAUCCUUUUUGAAAUCAUGUCAACAGCUGAUUACAACGUUCCAUCUGCAUAUACGAAUGAGAGAGAAAACAUGUUUGGUGAAUAUAAGCAGUUAUAGUAUAGUUCAACCGUUAAGCAAUAAUUCGGGUAGAUUGGUGAUCGAACUCAACAGGAAAAUUAUUUUACCAAAAGGAGAAAGAAAGUUUAUGAUAACUUCCUGUUGGUUCAUGCCAGAUAGUAAAAUGGUAUUUCUAGUAACAUUUGUUCAUACUCUUGAUAAGUCUUUAAUUAUUCACGAUGAAUACGGUUCGCCAAUCCAAUCUAUCCCCAUAUAUGGACGAUUAUGGGACGUAACCCCGGUUGGUAUUGACAAGAUGAUUGUUCGUUAUAUUGAUUGGAAUUGGUUUGAGGUGCUUGACUUUUCCCAGCCUAAUCGUGUCGAAUCAAGGAGGUUAAGACAGAUAUCCUUCAAAAACGAUUUAAAGUUUAGUUCAUCCGAUAAUUCUUUCGUGGAAGUUUAUCGUCCUUCUGGUGAAAUUAUUACGUCAUUUCCGGUAGGAAAGGAUAGAUUGUUCACUGAAAUAUGUUCAGACAAGUCAAACAUUUAUUAUAUCGACAAGAAGCGAAACAUCAUGAACUGCUUUAGAAAAGAUGAUACAUUUAAACGGAUGUGUAAAUUCGAUAACAAUGAAUGUAUUACUUCAGUCAUGGCAAUAGGCAGUGGAUGUGUUCUGUUAACCGGUAAGCACAAUCUAGCCGUCCUUAAUUUUGACCAAAGAAUUAGGCAUAAUGUCAAAGUGGACGGAGCAGAAAACUUCAAUGAUAUGUGGACAAGUUUUAAUCGUAAAAAUAACACGUUGUUAGUUUGUAGUAAUAGUGACGACUUUGCGUUAUUAUUUAACGUGAAAAGCGCAGAAAACUAACUGUGUAAUGCAAAUUGUGUUAUGAUAGAUAAAUUAAUGUAUUUAAAAAAAUCGAUGCAUUUUAA